AAAAAUUUUGAAAACGAAAUUAGUUUUUUUUAUUUUUUUUACUGAAAUUCAAAGCAAAUUCUUUGUAGAUUUAGCACACGGCGUUUUGAUGUCAUUGUAUGCAUGGUUGAUGAGAAAACGUAUACUGAGAUGGGAUCUUCAAAUAUUUUUGCGCCUCUCCAAAUGAAGUCCUUAAUUUAGCAGCCGCAUCUAGCUUGUAUCAGGGCAUGAGCCCGCGACCGCCAGGGAAAGAGCGAGGCGAGUACAAGUAAAGGGAGAGGACAGAGGGUGGGGAGCCUGAGGCUCGGCCCGAGGCCAAAGCCCGAGGAUAUGGAAGCAUGGAAGCGACGCAAACAAGCCGGCGCCGGGGGAGGGACACCCCCGCCAGCGAGGGUUCUUUGUCUUGCUGCCGGCGUCGCUCGACGAUCAUUGCUGAGUGAUUUGUUCAUUGUUGGCUACAGAUGCAGGGCAAGGUGGCAGCCCAACAACCUCAGCAUCAGCAGUAAUGAGUCAAAACAGAAUCCCAUGUGAAAUCAUCAUUGAGUUGUGCAUGACGAUGAACGUCCGAGACCUGUCGUCAAGAGUAAGGCUAGUAGGAAGUCUUCUGAACGAAUACGGUUCGCUACACGCUCACAUGUUAAAGGAACAGUAACAUGUCAUUUAUGCCCUAAGUCAAUUUCAACAAAGAAUUUCCCACGUCAUGUGAAAUCGAAACAUAGAGAAGCUUACUUAGAUGCUAUGAGAAAAAAUCCCCGUGGUGUUACUGGCUAUCUCAUAGAGAAGGCUAUUGUAAAAUCUCGUUCUACAAGGGAAAACGAUGACAAUGAGCCAGUCACUGUCAUUAUCACUGACAACGAGCCUGACAUUACUGCCAAUGCCGAAACACCGUUGGGACAGGGUGUGACACUGAGAGAGACUCCGUUCAAUCAUCAUACCACGAGCACCCAUCUCCGGAUCGAAUUAAUCAAGUCUGUGAUAAUUAUCCCGGCCGCACGAGCCCCCCCGUAACUGUGACAGAUACCACACAAGAACGGGACACAGCGCAGAGCACGUCGACACCGACCGUACGGCUGCAGCAGGCUGAGUGUAUAAGUGAAGGUGGUGCUCAGCAGCCAGGUGUCAUGGGUGACGAUUUGGUUGAAUCCCAGAUGUUACGAGACAUACUGUGUGAAAUUCGUAUGCUAUCUAGGAAAAUCGAUAGUCACGACUCUGAAUUUGUUUCGCGCGCCUCUCUCAGGAAAGAGAUGACUGAGCUUGAGAAAAAAAUUUCUCCAGGAGCAGCAAAGGCACGAAGUGCUGACACUGCCAAACAGUUUCCAUGGCUUCUCACUCGGGGUACAGGCUCAGAGGAAUUAGGAUUUUGUUCAACGUGCAUUGCUAAUAAGGCAACUGUUUCGGCCAUGCGAGGCCAGCAUAAAGCACUGCGUUGGACAACGGAAGGCGUUUCGCUAAAAAAGAAUAGACUUGAAAUUAUCGCUAGGCAUGCAGCCACUGCUGUUCAUAAGGCAUGCAUGCAGGUGCCUGAAGAGCGUGACAGAAUACAAAGCCUGUUUGGUUUACAGUGCGAGAAGCAUAAACGGCUAGAUGAUAAUCUGACAAGGGACAUGCUGAUGGCUGCAUAUCAUAACCUGCUAUUGGGGCAUUCUUAUGCUGCAUUUGAGUCACUUAUGAAUAGAUUGUUCUCAAAUAUGAUGUCUACAAAAGAAACAUUCUCACACAUUGAUUGGAACACAAGUCGUAAGGCUGCUGCCUCUGCAAUAGACGUUAUUACGGAGCGAGCGAAGCGAGCGUAGUCUUUCCUUAGAUUAACGGAAAUUUCUGAGUAUGAGCGGCCGGCCGGCCGGCCGGCCGGCCGGCCGGCCGUGGUCACGCUUUUGCGAGGCUUAUAUCUCAGCAACCACUUGACCGAUUUACAUGCGGUAAUUUUUAUAGGGUAGCUUCAUUCCUUCUACCAAGUAUUGCACUAUUCCCGAUGCAUGUGGGUGACCCCUUAUGCACGUGCCACGUGCAAAACGAAGAGGUGUCACUUUUGUAAUUGUUGCAAUAUCUCGGUAACUACUUGGCCGAUUGCGCUGAAAGUUGGCAUGUAGGUAGGCACCCACUAGGCACUGCAUAUCCAUGUGCCAGAGUUGGGGUGCUGCUGCACGUGCGCACGUGCAGGGGUCGUUUCCAGAUCUCGAGAACGGCUGGACCGAUUGCGCUCAAAUUUGGUGCACGGUUAGGGACCAGUUAGUAGGGUGCCGUGCACAAGUCAGUUGGGACGCAUUUUGCACGUGCGCACGUGCAGGGUGCCGCUUCCAGAUCUCGAGAACGGCUGGGCCGAUUGUGCUCAAAUUUGGCACAUCGCUAGAGACCGGUUAGUAAGGUGCCGUGCACAAGUCAGUUGGAGGUACCCCCUCGAAAGUUCGCACGUGCAAGGCCCACCCUCUCGCUCGCUCCGUUAGUCGCCCCAAAAGGCGUUAUACUGGUAUAUGAAGUGCUUCGAAAGUCACAUUGCAGUUUUUUAAAAUCUGUAAAUCCGACAACAGGACGUCUAAGACACUUCCACAUUAGUGCUGACAAAGUCACGGCUGAAAGAACGUCAAGACAGGUAGUUAAUAUAAGGUUUAUUGACGUGGAUGGUGCUCCCAAGGUAACAAACUUGUCAGUCGAUGUUAUCAGAAAUAGGGCUUCGGAGGCUGACGCAGCGGAAGGUGUCACGCACGAGUCGGACGCUGUUGGCUGUCUAGAACACAUAUGUGAUGUCCUGACAAAAUCAGUCCUAGAUCUUUCGCCUCGGAGUGUCGGUACAAUGUGCUUCUCCAUGAGCUCUGAUAAAGAAGCUGUUUAUGCAGGACAACAGUCCGGUGUAGCGGUAAGAUGGCGUGAAAGAUUCAAUAACAACGCAUUUCUGCAUUUGCUUGACAGAGCCCAUAAGGUAGAAUUAUGGACUGACAGUGUUUUUAGAAAAGACGAAUUUCAGUGGGCAAGAGUCUUCAUCAGAUCAAAUGUUGAUAAAGUGGUAGGGGCAAUUAAUCGGUCAUCAAAACUUAUGCGAUUGGCUCGAAGGAUCGAUCCCACAUUUACUGUUCUCUAUAGAAAUGUUGACACGAGAUUUAUUGAGUACACUGUACUAGCGAUUAAUUCAAUUAUCAAACAGUAUGGGAAUGUAGUUAUGACGAUAGAGAAUGAUGGGCGCCGUGAUAACGAUCCAGAUAAACUUCAAGCCCUAGAUGUCUUGUGCGAUAUCGAUUUCAUUCCUACCGCCCUGGUGCUGUUAUAUGUCUUAGAUAUUGUCAAGAAAGUCAGUAAAGCUGCACAGAAAGCUACUUAUUCUUUGUGGGAUGAUCGUAAAGCGAUAGAUGCGUGUCGUCUUGCUCUCCAAGAAGCUUGCGACGGCAAAUCCAAUCCUCUGAUACGGAAACACGGUAAAGAGUUCCGUAAAGGACGGUUCAACGGAUUCGACUUCGAAAACGUGAGCUUAUUAGUCACUUCUCAUAAACGGAGUACUAGAAUCGGUAGCAGUUACCAUUCAACACUCAAAGACGCCCUCAAACGAGCUAUGGAAAGGCAGGCUCAGCUAGCCCAAGCUCUUCUUGAUGAACUUGACGCCUUUUUGGACGUUACAGAGGUUGAAGAUAAAAUGAUGAAAAUUUUCGAUAUUCCCACAUUUCCUUUGCACGACAAGUUGGCUUUGAAACAAUUCAGGAAUAAGGAGCUUCGCGAAGUAGUCAAGUUCUUCUGUACUCACAGUAACAUACGUUUUCCAGGGAAACAUAGUUCCAUGUGCCGGCACGAAAAAGAAUGCAGGUGCGUUGAAGACCAGUAUAUCGUUUUUAAGAACCGCGUAUCUGGUCAAAUUCAGUUACGUGCUGAAUGGUAUGCAGACGACAAUGGUGUAAAGAUAUUGUCGGUCGGAUUCAUUCUACAUGAUUUUCUAAGGCCCUCGAGUCAGCUGCACGUCAGUAUUCCAGAUGUUAUUGAAUUGAUGGAAAUAGCAGUGUUGCUAUGUCGAUCACAGUCUGAUACGGAAAGAACAGGUAAAUUAGUCAAGGAUCUUUCGGAAAACAGAUUCGGUGGCAAGUUUAAUGAACUGAAACCGCUGGAGAAGGACAGGUGUGCUAAAGAAGUUUACAUCCGUGAGCUAGGACUUGAAUUACAUGAUCUACCAAUUGAUGCCAUUAAAGAGGAGUGGUCAAAGUUUCAUUAUGGUGUACUUAAAAAACGAGGCAAGAAAACCCCUGCUUACCUUCGUAAGCAUCAACCAUCGAAAGUGAAAUUUAUGACAUCUUACCAUUUGGACCAACAGCCCAGAGAAGCAGGUACCACGUCAGAUGAUGUUACGCAAGAGGAUCGUAGCGUGGGCUCCCCCGUGCUGACAUCAGAUAACAAUGAAGGUCUUGCGGGUGAUAGUACAGUGAACACAGAUUCGAAUCUCCGUACAGAUGUUGUCCACGCUUCUAGUGAUGUACACGCUCAUAGUUCUUCAGGUGAAGAUCAUAUGUCGCAGAGCAUUGGUGAAACUGCCUCUGAACAUGCUGAUGUUGCGUCAGAUGAUAAUGCUAUGGAAGUUGAUGAUUUUGUUCAGGCUCGAGCGCAAACUGACAAAGAGGUGUCAUUUGAACAAAGUGAACCACAGCAACUACGAUCUCAACGACAGGUAGAUGUUAAUGACUCAGAUAACGACCCAGAUGAUUUAGAUUCGCCAAUUGCAUCUGGGCAUUCAGUGGAACUAGCAGCAGUGACAAAGUGGAAGCAGAGUUCGAUCCUCACGUUUAUAAAAAGCAAGCAGAACGUUUCUAAACCCCCGAAAGAGCCUGAAGCUGCCAAAUCACCACUGAUUGAUUUAAGGCAUGAGAAGGAGCACAACGAAAUAGAGCUUCGUGAUAAGCGCAAUGAAAGUGGACGUAGUGUUGGAUCACCGACUUCCCAGGCCCGGCCAUCGGAAAUGUUUGCUGUUGAAGACGACACACGUUUUUCCGAGAUGAGUACUACUAAUAUGUCUCCAGGUGGCGAUGACAAUGAUAAUGCUGAACAGUAUUCCUUUUCGGAUGCCGUUCUUUUUCAUGCGCAACAAACUCCCAGGGGAAUGAUCAACCGCCGUAACGACUGCUAUCUUAUAACUGUUCUCCAAAUUCUUCCUUUGUUGAGGAUAAAAAGAGGUGGCUCGGGCCAUGAUCAUUAUGCAAAUUUAUUGAUAAACAAUUUGCGUGAUUGCUAUAAUUCCGAAAUAUGUUCCGAUCCAGGAACCAUCAAGGGUAUCCUUGCAAAAAAGUUUGAGAUAUUCCAUAAUGACGAACAACAGGACUCGUCGGAGGCGCUAGAAUGCAUUUUUAAGGUAUUCCUAGAAGGCGGAAUGAAUAUCGACAGCGCUAGAAUAGAUACAACAACAACAUUGAAGUGCAGACAUUGCUCAUACUCAUCAGACAAACAUGUAAAUCAGCAUCAGUUACAUCUUUGGUGCAAUAAAAGAAGUACCGUGUAUGAAUGUUUGAGUGAUUACUGCUCAGCAACAAUUUUAGACGACUUCAGUUGUGGCAACGAUGAAUGUUCUGGGCGUGGAGGGGCACACACGACAUCCAUCUCUUGUGAGCCUGAAGUCAUGGUACUGAAUAUGCAACGUCCGGAUUAUGACAGGCGUCAAAAAAUUGCACUUGAUUGUCCUCUAGAGGGACUUUACUACGUCUGGAUCAGACGUGAAUAA